UCGUCCAAAUGCUUCCAGCAGAGUUGAACAGAGGACUAGUGGACAUUUGCGCUGAGACUUGAAGCUUGAAGACUGCGUAUUUGCAAGAUAUAAUUACAAGACAAUAGUAAUAUUUGUUGUCAACAUUUAUAGCCACAUAUUCUCCUGCCUGGCAGCCAAUGCAAUGGUCAAAAUCCAUAUUGUUCUGUUUGUUCUGUUGUCCAUCAUACAUCAGACUCUUGGACAGAUCACUGAUGGCUCUGAGUCGACUUACAAUGGCAAUACUGAAUUUGUGCAUGAGGAAGAGACUUACUACACCCCUCAGUUGGACUACAAACGCAAAUCCACAGUGGUGUCACACAUUUAAGCUUCCCAAUGGGGAGGUAGCUUGUUCUUCCCCACGAGGCAGGAACCACCACAGCACACUUGGUACCCGCUGUUUUCUCUCCUGCGAUCGAGGACAUAAACUGAUUGGGCGGUCAUCAGUGCAAUGCAUGCCUAUCCGCCGUUGGUCUGGAACUGCUCUUUGUCGAAAGGUGCGUUGCCAUGUUCUGCCUCUGAUUGAUCACGGCACAUACAGUUGUACCCGUGGCUUUGUGGCAGACUCCAGGUGUGACUACACCUGCUAUGAAGGGUACCAGAUCCAGGGAGAUCACUAUCGUAUGUGCCAAGAAGAUGGAAAAUGGAGUGGCACAGAACCCACCUGUGCAGAUCAUGACCCCCCCAAACUGAAAUGUCCUUUGUCCAGAGUGAAAGUAGCAGAACCAGAAAAACUAACGGUCAGGGUGUCCUGGGACCGCCCUGUUGCAAAGGAUACAGCUGACAGAGCACUGCAGGUCUUGCGAAAUGGACUGGAGUCUGGAUCAGACUUUCCUGAAGGAAUUCAUGUAAUUCGAUAUAAAGCCUACGACCAGGCUCGCAACUCAGCAACUUGCAAGUUUACUGUGCAUAUUGAAGUGAGACGGUGUCCAAAGUUGAAGCCCCCUAUGCAUGGAUAUCUGGCUUGUUCAUCUGAUGGCAAUAAUUAUGGGGCUAUAUGUGAAUACCAUUGUGAGCCUGGAUAUGAGAGGACAGGAUUUGCCACACGUGUUUGUCAGCUGAACCGUAGCUGGUCCGAUGAAGCAGCUGAGUGUGUAUUAAUGGACAUACAAACAGACGUCAGGUCUGCUGGUGCUCUACUUGACCAGUUUUAUGAAAAGAGAAGGCUUCUUGUUGUGUCUACGCCAGAUAACACUAACCAGUACUACAGGCUUCAGAACAUUAUGCUGCAGAAGGCUGGGUGUGGUCUGGAUCUUCGACAUGUGACAGUGAUCGAGCUUUUAGGAACGCCACCUCGUGCAGUUGGGCGCAUCAAAGAACAACGUCUAGAGCCCGAGGUCAUAGAGGGUCUUAGGCAGGCAAUGCAUAUCUCUACAGCAUAUUUCACCAUGGUGCUGCUAGAUGAAUACGGUGUGGAUCGGGAGCGUUUUGUAAACCCCACCACCUCUGAUGAGAUCUACACAUACAUUGAGGAGUACCUCCUCACAGAGGAGGAGCGUGAGAGACUGGAGACAUACAGAGACUUCUGUGACUGAUCAUGUCUGGG